GCGGAGACACACAGAGAGCGCGUAUUUGUUGCCACUUACUGGAGAUCACACGCUCGUCAAGAGAGAGGGAGGGAGGUAGAGAGACACUGAGAGGCAGCGAGAGAGAGAAAGAAAGAGAGAGAGAGAAAGAGGGAGGGAGAGCCACACGGUCAAACUAAGCUUUAUCUACCGCGGAGGGUCACUUAAUAAGAGCUAUUUGGAGCCAGAGGCGACCCGGAGCGCGCAGGAGCCGCAGCCAGACGCAGACCAUCAGCAGCAGAGAGCACAUUGCUCCACACAGGGAAGAGACAAAAAAAACAUACACAGACACGGAAGAGAAGUGAGUGAAAGAAAGCACAGUGAGGGACGGAAGGCAAGACAGACUAUUAAACUUUGACUGUGGGAUAAUAUCAGAAAAUAAGAUUUUAUUUUUUAAAAAAAAGUGAGAGGGAAGAGGAAGAACUGUGCUGGUGAAGAUGCCGCGGGUAGUCCCGGACCAGAGGAGCAAGUUUGAGAAUGAGGAGUUUUUCCGCAAGUUGAGCAGGGAGUGUGAGAUUAAAUAUACUGGCUUCAGGGACCGGCCCCAUGAGGAGAGACAAGCUCGCUUUCAGAACGCCUGCAGGGACGGACGCUCAGAAGUGGCCUUUGUAGCUACAGGUACCAACCUCUCGCUCCAGUUCUUUCCAGCCAACCUGCACGGAGAUCAGAGGCAGGUUCCUUCGAGGGAUUAUGUCGACUUUGAGAGAGAGACAGGAAAGGUCCAUUUAAAGGCCCCAAUGAUCCUGAACGGGGUGUGUGUGAUCUGGAGGGGCUGGAUCGACCUUCAGAGGCUGGAUGGGAUGGGAUUCCUGGAGUAUGAUGAUGAGAGGGCGCAGCAAGAAGACGCGUUGGCUCAGGCCGCGUUUGAAGAGGCUCGACGCAGAACCAGAGACUUUGAAGACAGAGACCGGUCACACAGGGAGGAUUUGGAGGACCCUGUGGUUUCUAAAAUCUGGGACUGAUGACACAGACAGACAGCCAGCAGAAAAGAACAGGUCCAGACGACAGCAGGACCCCAGCCCUGGCUCAAACAUGGCCAACGCUGACAUGGAACACAAGAUGCGCUGAGGAGGAAGUGGGGGAAGAAGAAGUAGUGCAGGGAGGUAAAGGAGAAAACAGGGGCUGGCUGUUCAUUCACUUUCAACACAAUCAAUCAACCAAAGUAAAAAAAAAAAAACAAUGCUGUAUUUUUUCCUAAAAGGUUUGACAUAAUCUUUUUCAUACAUCAAACAUUUUUUUUAUAUUUAAAUGUGCCGAACGAUACAACGUAGGACUUGAUUGAAUUGAAAGUGAAACAAGCCUGGAAAAUAAGGAUUUUAAGGAAAGCAGAAAAAACAGACCUGGACAAAAAGUACGUAGCUGAAUUUAUUUAGAUACAGAAGAAGCAACACGAGCUGCAGUUUAAACCAGAAAUGAUAAAUGUGACAGAUCCAGAGUUGACUUUAUUUCUUGAGUGGAAAAAAGUGCUCUAAAUAUUUAAAGUAGAGGUCAAAUCAAGCAGAAAGGUUGAUAUGUUUUUGUCCAGGUCUUCAAAGAUUUGAUGGAUGGAUGUAGAUUCAAGUACCAAAAGUAUAUUUUCUAUUAAUGAAUAGAGGAAGAGGGGUUGUAAGGGCUUGAGGCAGGGAGGAGGAGGAAAGUGGGGUGGGUUAUAUGGUCUGGAGCAUGAAUCAAAAGUGAGGGGCUGACCGUUGGUGAGAAAAAAGGAAAAGAUUCUGCAUUGUUCAGGGUUGUGCAACACUUCACAUUUGUAAGCAUGCCCAGCUCACUUCCUGAAACCUGCUGUUUUCUUAGACCAAAGUUCAUUAUGCUGGAAGGGGGGGGGGGGGGUUAAACAUGGGCAGGUGGGAGGGCAAUCAGAAGGAAUAGUGCCAGGUUUUUGCUGUAUUGUGAUAUUUGUGAUCUCUUUGAAACAUGACUAUGAUGACAUGCCCUGACCAACCUGCACACAGGUUAUGUAGCAACAACCUCAAGGCGGGACAAAGAAAACUGUUCUGCCAUCUUUGGCUUUGAGGGUGCGAUGUGGGUCAAUCCAAAACGUCCUUUUGUCUUUUGAGGGGUUAUGCACUAUGUGAUACAAUCAGUCCUGAUCCCCACAUGGAUUCUUCCUCUGCAUGAAACCAAACACAGGUCGACCUAUGUACUUUAUUGUUUUCUAUGCAGCCUAUUUAUCAAGAGAGCACUCUCUGUCAGCGCUUUGAUGAGGAAUAACUGGGUGAUCAGAGGCUUUGUGAUGGAGAGGCAACAUAUACUGAAAAACUGUAUAAAGAAUAUACUAUGUGGCUCCGCCUCCUCCUGCUGUAAAAAAAGAGAUGGAGACCAAAAUACCUGACAUCUGUGCUUGUAAGGUCACAUGGAGCUCGAGUUAACUUCCACAAACCAGAACAUAUUUAAUUUACUGAUAAGAUGGCAAAGAUCCCUCAGGUCAGUCCACAUUAGAACAGAUACUUGUGUCCAUUUGAAGCAAACAUUCACAGUUAUGGAAAGUUUAAUAGGAGGAAUAGUGUCGCAGGUGCCUCAUCUGUCAGCAGAGCUAGCAUUAAAUAAAAAGGAAGCCUCUUGUAAACAUCUUUAACACAAAUGAUAAUAACUCACUAUGAAGACAGAAUCCUGAGAAAAAUGUAAUUCAAACGCAUUUUAAUUUGAUAAUUUGAUCAAUUUGGAGGAGGCGGGGUUUAUGACCGAUGCUGCAGCCAGUCAGCAGGAGGAGCUCUAUUUAUUUUGGCUUCACUUGAGUCAAGGUGUUCUGUUGUCCAUUCUUUAUACAGACUAUGUGGUGGACACAAACAGUAACAGGCCUGAUCAAAUAAAAAGUCAUCUUUUUUAAAACCAGGAUAUUUUUUUAAUCAGACAACUCAUGAUCAGCUCACAUUUCACUUUGGUGUUACCACCAAACAUAAUUGAACCAAGUGGUCACCCUUUGUUUUUAGAAGCUGUGCACACCACUGAAAAUAGUUCAGGUUGGAUGCUUCACCAGAGCUCCUCAGUCAUCCCAAACUGAAUGAAAAAAACAUCGAUCUACACCUUUGCCGUUUAAAAAAAAUGUCGUAAUCAGAAAAAAUUCAUGAUCGCAUCUUUUUAAGGUUUGCCAUUCAUGGAUUUGACUGGACAGCAAUGAUAGAAAUCACACAAGCAGUCAAUACACAAGAACCUGAAACUCUACAAAGUACACACAACAGACAUCAGCAGCCUCUUAUCUCCUCCAUCACUUCUGCUCUGCAACCAUUGCAUUUCAAUCUCCAUUAAUAAUUCACCAGCUUAGAUAAGAGACCGUACUGUCCAUGGUACUAAUUCAAUUGAGAAUCCAUCACAGGGUCCAUCACUCAGAUAUUCCUCAUCAUUAGAGGACGCUGAAAGCAGUCUGAAAUCUAUUUCCUGUUACAGCACUCGUGAAAUCAGAUGUGAUGUUUAGUUUUCUUAUUGUUUUGUUUGUGUGAAAGUCAGGAUGUUUACUUUUUAUAUUCCUACUUAUCUUCUGUUUAUGUAUCUAUGUGUUCAUCUGUCAGCUUUGUUAUGAACUAGUAUUAGCAGUGUAGGCUAUUUUCUGUUUAGAUGAGAUUUGGGACUUUUGUUAUGUUUUUCAUUGAUUCAUGUGUUCCUUUUAUUAAUGUUAUUCUUAUUUGUUUUUAAAGGAAAUCCACUUCCUGGGUUAAAGCAUUGAACGUGGAUUGACUUAAGUUCUGUUAUUAAGCAAUAUAAAUGUUUUUACAUUGUUCAACAAGAAGCUCAUUUCAUUUUCCGGUGUGUAAGGCACUCAACGGUUUUAUUAUUAGUAUUGUUAUAUUAACGACAAAUACCUUUUUGUUUAUUCAUGAUUUUACUUUUCUCAGUCCAACGAUUAAAAAGUGUAAUGAGCUUAACGUGAGUGAAGAGGACCGGUGAUGUUUUGAUGCAUUGAUAGUCUUGGGCGUAAAAAAUGUUGCUUAAAAAACAUGAAAUUGAAAUAAAAAGUGAAAACUCAAAAUGCUUGAUCACAAGAGCCUGUGACAGAUGACAGAAGCUGUAUCAAAUCAAAGACCUCACGAUGAGUGAUGAAAUCAGAAGAACUGUUUAAGCUUCUAUGAUCAAACUUUUUUUUUCUAAAGUUUCCUUGAGGUUCCUUUCUGUUGGUGUUGAUUUUGGCGCCCCCUGUGGACGAAGCUGAACAUUAAUAGAAAAUGUCAUUUUCUUAUUGAGAGACUUAUUAAUCACCCGCAGAGAUUUUGGAGAUUAGGGACACAAAGCUUAUUCAGAUCCUGAAUUUCAAAACUUCCUGUCUGAGAGAAACUUCAAAUUGUUGAUGGUGGAUUUUUAUUUUUUGACAUUUCAUAUCCUCAUUCUCCCAGAAGAAGAGAACACCGCAGGGAAGUAGGACUUAACACUGUGAGUGAGGUGCGCAGACAAACAGAAGAAAGCAUUAAUUCAUGUGGAAGAAAAACUUGAGUUAUGGCCCAGGAUGAGACAGACGUCAAGUUGAUGAAUGAUGGCCUAAAUUUAUAGGUGUAGUGGUUGUUUAAGUUGCUUGGAAACUGACACAACACGGGGUCUGAACCAGUUCAAUUAAAGAAGAGAUGCAGGCUGAAAGGGACAGUAAGACUUUUUAGGAUUAAGCAUUUGGGGCCAGGCUUAGAAAUGUGAUCCAUUAAUCAAUUGGUGAUGUCUGUUCUACAAAUAUAACGUUCACAAUCAAGUUUUCCCUCAUUAACAAGUAUCAUACCAUGCAGAGUAAAACCCUGAAAAUCAAUCUUUUUCUACAUCAAUAGUGUUCAAAUAUGGGGAUAGUGAGGACUGUAAAGACAAACUUAUUUCUAAUUUAGUUUAAAGUAAGGAUUGAUCACCUUGAUAUUAUCCUGUCACCAUGUUUGUUUAUCAUCAUCAUCUUAGUUCAUACUCCAUCCCUCAGUUUUCUUAAUGCAGGCAUUAAGGUAAAACAAUAAACCAUCAACAUUGUCUUUCUUUUUUUUGUUACCUUAACUGUUUAUCUGCUUUUUUUGUUUAAGUUAUUUAUACGUCUGUGUUGUUUUGAGAUCCAAAGAUGAAACUCUAUGAUAUAGUAACACUCCCCAGGUUUCUCCUUCCGCUGUGUUUGGUCAUUUUUCCCCCCCUGUUUUAGGUCUUAGCUUUUCUUCUUGGAGUGAUCUGAAAUGUUAGACCUUCAGUUUAAAAUGUUGGAUGUUUUUUUUUUUUCAUAAUAAACAUUUAUGAAUUCUUGUA